AUGGCCGCCGCUCAAAGGAUUAAACACACAUCUACCCUGUGGGCCAACAACCCCAAGCCUAGGAACUACCCAAAGGAUGCUCAUCUGUGUUCACUGCAGCGCCAUGUGCAACAGCCAGGUCCCGCAAGCAGGAAGCAGUACCUGCGCCAGGUCAUCGCGGAGUAUGAGGCGCUGGAUCGCGAGCUCCCGUGCAUCCGGAAGUUCGCCGCACAGCCCGCUGCUCAGCCCCUCUGCCUGUGCAUGGAGACCUCGCCCGAGGAGGACUUUACCCACCUGGAGGUGCUGGAGGCUCUGGAGGCCGAGUUGCCCGGGGCCAUGGAGAGCGGGCGCGUGAGCAACAUACGCUUUGAGAACGUGAACGUUAUCUGCGGGACAGCUGGACACCGGGACCGGUGGCUCAUCACGCUCACGGACUUCCAGGCGCGCGCGCGCCUGCUGAGCACCGGGCUCAGCCUCCGCGGGCUCUCGCGCCCUCUCGUGCGCCACGACGAACUGCUGCUGGACGAUUACCGCCUGCACCUGCGCCGCUCCCUGGUCCGACGGCGCAUGCUCGAGGCUCUGGGGGCGGAGCCGACCGAAGAAGACUGACGCGCGGGGGCCGGCCCCGGCUGCGCUUGCGCACCGCCCAGCGGCGCGAGCGAGCCGACCGGGACCCGAGGGGGCGGGGCCUCCCCAGGAAGGAGGCGGGGCCGGCUCGAGGGGGUGGAUACUGUGAGUUUAAUUAUAAAGAAUGACCUGGUACAAAAGCCAUUUCUCUCUGCAAAAUCUUGGUGGGGAGUCAGGGGGAGGGAGGUGAUGGGGGGGUAGGCACGAACCCCCAUAAUGUAAUUCCGCCUCCCUAAAUCUUGCCCCGGUCCCUGCAGUGGACUCCAGGGUCCUGAUCCCUUCAGGGAUAGACUGAAGCGCGCGCGAGGGAAAACCCCAGGCGCCCGGCGAUCCCGUCUCCUCCAGGCAGACGUCCUCAUCCGCCCCCCUCCUUUUCCUCCUCCCACCCCCCUUGGAAGACAAUUCUCGGGC